AUUUGUAUGCAUUAUUUGCGGUGACAACCAUCGAAUUUAUGAUUGUGCAAUUUUUAAGGCGAAGAGUGUCCAAGAUAAAUUAAGUGACGUUAAGAAAUUUAAAUUAUGCUCGAAUUGUCUUCGUCAAGGUCAUCCGCUUAAUGAAUGUCGAAUGGGACCGUGUCGUGAAUGCAAAAAACGCCACAAUACGUUGCUUCACGAUCCUGACUCUAAUAAAACUUCAUCUACUACUGAAUCUAACAUCGCGGUAAACCAUUCUUCACAAAAUCAGCAACAAGUACUUUUGUCUACCGCACUUAUAGAAGUUUGCAACCCAGUGACAAGGGCAACAUCGAAGGUUCGAGCUCUCCUGGAUUCAGGAAGCCAGUCUUCUUUUAUUUCUUCUUCUCUUAAGGACGAGUUGGCAUUAAACUCAACUCGUAUAGAUAAUUUGCGAAUUAUAGGUAUAGGCAAUAGCAACUGCAAUAAUGUGACUGAGUCAUGCACUAUUAAAAUUAAUUCUAUAAACACGCCUUUUAGCGUUCAAUUGUCUUGUUUAGUAUUAAACGAGUUAACUAGUGGACUACCUAAAACUCCCAUUGAUAUCAAGACACUAAAAUUGCCAUCUUCUAUAGUCUUAGCCGAUCCUACAUUUUAUCAGCCUUCUAAAGUUGAUGUAUUGAUAGGGGCUGAUCUAUUUUGGCAUGUACUUGGGGGAGAACAAAGAAAUUUAGGUCCUAAUCUUCCAAAAUUGCAUAGUUCCAAAUUUGGCUGGUUGAUUUCCGGUCCUAUAUAUACAAAAGUAAACUACAACUCCGUUCAAUGUAAUCACGCAUCUGUUCUACAAAAUGCAGACGAUGAAAUACAUAGAAUGCUUCCUAUAUUUUGGAAUCUGGAAGAGGUUCCCAAUAAAACUAAAUUGAGCGAUAAGGAUAAAUUUUGCGAAAAACAUUUUUUACUUAAUACCACAAGGCUAGAAAAUGGUAGAUUUUGUGUGAAGCUACCCUUAAUAGAUGAACCCGAUUGCUUAGGUGAUACUUACGCAUUGGCUAAAAAACGUUUUAUUAAUUUAGAAAAAAGAUUUAAACGAAAUCCAACUCUUAAAUUGGAGUAUUCUAAAUUCAUUAAUGAAUACAAAAUGUUAGGACAUCUCACAGAAAUAACAACUAAACCAAACAUUUGUUAUUUUCUAUGUCACCACGCUGUACUCAAGGAAACCAGAAAGUCUAAUGUUUAG